UUAUACUUGACAACGUCAUUUACGAGCCUGUGAGCAGCGUUGUAGCCUCUCGUCAACAACGCUCACAAGUUUCCAUGUAAAAUGACAACGAGCUCAGGCGAAUGGAGGCUUAUAAAUAUAAGCCGCUGCGCUCAAUGCGCAGACGUCUACGACUACUCCGUCUCCACGGUGGUGGCUUAUCAAACCCCGAAAUUACUUGCGAGCUAUUCGAAGUCGAAUAUGACAAAGACAACCAGAAUACAGUCAGAAGAGUUUUGAGCAGGGGCGAGCGAGCCGCCAGGCGCGAGAGGCGUGAGCGGCACAACCGAGACCGCUCCAAUGACGGUCAGAGCCUGGAUGUAGAUGCUAGCGCAGUCGAAUAUGAGGCACUCUCGUGGUGUUGGGGGCAGGAGGUCAAGGACCGCGCCAUUAGGAUCCUGGAGAACGGCAAAUACUAUCGCCUGGCCGUCACGAGGGAUCUCACUUUGGCGCUCAAGUACCUCAGGCACCCCCACGAGGAAAGGAUCCUGUGGAUUGAUGCACUCUGCAUCAACCAGGAUAACCACGAAGAACGAAACCACCAGGUCCAGAUGAUGUCGCUUAUCUACAGCGGUGCAAAGCAGGCUUGCAUCUGGUUUGGCGAAGACACUGACGAUUCGACCACCGCGAUCAGGUUCAUAGACGAGAUCAUGAAGCUGGAAAACUUUGACACGAUAUCGGAGAAGAGAGAAAACGCCUCCAAGUGGCAGUCCCUGCUUCUGUUGAUGCAGCGCCCGUGGUUUUCCCGGCGUUGGGUCGUGCAAGAGAUUGCGCUCGCGAGAUCUGCAACCAUUUACUGUGGCACUGACAAGAUUCCAUGGACGAACUUCGCAGUCGCAGUGGAGUUGUUCGUCGAGGUCGAAACGGCGACUCACAGGCUGUCUGAGGUGGUGCGCAAAGACGAAAAGUUUGGCCACGUUCCACAAUGGUUCGAACAUGUCUCAGAGCUUGGGGCUAGUGUCAUCGUACAGGCCACAGGGAAGGUAUUUCGAAGAGAUAGUAACCAAGCCACCGAUGUGGAGGAGAAUAUUGAGAGGAAACCUCGAGCUCGAGCUGAGAAAGUCGCACGCAAGGGCCUGAAGAAAGAUAGGGCGCAGAAUCUGGAGUCAUCAUCCAAGCCCUCGGCACUGAAUCCACAACGACCGCUGUUGAGCCUCGAGUACUUGGUUUCAAGCUUAUCAGUGUUCCAGGCUACACAACCUCGGGAUGCGGUAUACUCAUUGCUAGCGAUCGCUCGGGACACAGCGCCUUUCGCCGAAGUGCGGAUCAAGUCUCAGGAAAUAUCCGAUGAGGCAAUCAUCAUGUCCACUGUCUCGAGCUUCUUGGAACGCAAGCCAUUCAGGGUUGACUAUAGUCGCGCAUACAGUGAUGUGUGCAAGGACUUCAUUUCAUUCUGCAUCCAGGUCAGCGGGAGGUCUGAUCCAACGAGGGCUUUGGAUAUUUUAUGCCGGCACUGGGCACCGGAGCCGCAGUUAGUCGUUGGGGGCGUGAUUCAUCGGAAGCCGACGCCGUACAAGUUUCUUCCAGAUCGAGAGCGUGAGAAGCUUUGGCCAAUCAGCAAAGAUAAAUCGGCCAAUGAAGAUUACUGGAGGCGGGCUGAGGAGGACUGGAGGAACAACUUCAAGAAUCGUGUUCUAACCUUUGAUAAAGAUGUGAAGCCCUUUCUCCCAAAGAAAAAAGAGCAGCCAAAGAAAGCCGAAGAGGUAGGCCAGGAGGAGCUUGGCGUCAGGGAAGAUAGUGAGUCUGAAGAAGAGUCAGGGGGGAAGGAGAACAAAGAACAAGACGAGCAGGAAACAGACAUUCCAUUGCCAUCUUGGAUAUCUCGUAUUUCUGGGGCAUCAUUUGCACUUUACCGGCAUCCUGGAAUGCACAAGACGGAAAGAAUUGGCAGGAUGAACGCGGACCCUCUGGUCGGGCUGCCUCAAGAUGGCCACAAGAACUACAGCGCCGCUCAGGACACCAAAGUCGACUAUGACUCAGAUCGUCGCUUGCGCUUCCGUAAACGGCCCGUGUCGAAUCAUUGCAGUCUGUUCACUGAAGGCUUCAUCCUGACCGAGAUCGCCACCGUGGCCGAGCCAGCGAGGCUGGGUGCCAUACCGGAAACGUGGACCAAGGUUGCGGGCUGGGAGAACGCUGUCGACGGUCAGACGCUCCCGCCCGUGGAGUUCUGGAGAACACUCGUGGCUGACAGAGGCAAAGAUGAGCGCAACCCACCGUACUACUACACGACGGCUUGCCGGGAAUCGGUGAGAAAAGGUGGCCUGCGCGGCGGCUCGGUGGACACUGGUGCCCUCAUCAAUAGUGAGAGAAACUCUAUUAUUGCCGAGUUUUGUCGCCGCGUCCAGGCCGUCAUUUGGAAUCGAUGUUUGAUCAAGACCGGGAAGUCACCAAAGGUUCUCGGGCUUGCUAGUCAACAUGUCCGGGAGGGCGACCUGGUCUGUAUCAUUUUCGGCUGCACGGUGCCUGUCAUCCUGAGGAAAAUGGUGAAGAAAGAGGGUGAUUUAGAGAAGGAGAAAAUGCAGGACCAAAUUGAGUCCAUGAAGGCCGCCAUGGCGGUCUGCGAAGAGGCGUGCUUCCGGAAGCUUCGCUAUCAGAAACGGCUCCAGAAAGAGCAAGAGCAGCCCGGCGGACAACUCGGAGAACUCUGGAAAGAAGAGGUCUUGGCAGAAAUGGAAGAAGUCAAUCUUCAGAUGAAGAUGUGGAGGGAAUCGGAGGAACAGGACCAAAGAAGGAAAGUGGCCCAGGAUAAAGAGCAAGCAAUCAGGAAGAAGAAGGCCGAUUUUCGCCAGGCAUCUGCCAAAAAGAGAAGAGAAGGAGCGAUGCGACAGACACCACAGCGCUUACAGAACAUGAACCGGUCCAUCACGAUGCCAAUCACUAAUCGUGGGCCAAUGGUCACUGGCUUCGCUUCUAACUUGGUGGAAGAGGGUGAAACCGAGGACGCUGAGGAAGUGGAAAGCACUAAUGAUGUCCUUCCGCAGGCACAGGAACAAGACGGAAAAGAUGGGCCCGGGGAGACAAACCAAGAUGGCGAGCCGGAUCAAUUCGAAGACGACAGGCAAAGGCAGAAGAAGGAGGCCAAGAGGGAAGACCCUAAUGUUUACUAUGAGUUCAUAGGGGAAGCUUAUAUACAUGGAAUGAUGGAUGGAGAAGCAGUGAGGCUACACAUCAAUGAGGGCAUACCGAGGCGUAUGUUUGAGAUUCGAUCCAUCCGCUUCAAUGCCACUUAUAAUUACUCAAUCCUGUCGCACUCUAGUGGUGUAGUUGAGUAA